UAGGCGGCAUCGCGACGGCCAGUCCCUGCAAAGCGACGCGCCGCCGCGGCCACCAAGAGUGCCUCUUCUAGGCCUAGACCGCCACGCCACGCCGACAUGGUGGGCACCGUGACGGCGGACCCCAAGGAGCAGCAGCAGCAGCCCGUCGCCAUGCACAUCAUCAAGGGCGAGGGCGAGCAGGACAAGCACGCCGACGGCGAGGCCAACGGCGAGGCCAACGGCGUCGCCAACGGUGACCUCAAGCACCAGGAUGGCGGCAGCCGGACGAGCGCCGACGACGAGGACGACGAGGAGAGCGCGUGCGAGGAGGAGGCGGAGAAGCGCGACGAGCUGGGCAUCCUGAUGGAGGGCAAGAAGCAGAUCCAGCUGCACAGCGGCGAGGUGCUGGAGGUGGGCAGGGACCCGCAGCCGCCGGACGGGGCCAAGUGGGGCGUGCGCCAUGUCCAGGCGCUGCUGCUGUUUCUGUGCACCUCGACGGCGUACUCGCUGCGCGUCAACCUCAGCGUCGCCAUCGUGGCCAUGGUCAACCAGACCGCCAGCGGCAACAAGGACUUCCCCGUGUUCGACUGGAAGAAGAAGACCCAGAGCGUGGUGCUGUCGUCCUUCUUCUGGGGGUACUUGGUGAUGCAGAUCCCCGCCUCGCAGUUGGCGCAGCGCUUCGGCGCCCGCUUCUUCCUGGCCGGCGCCAUGGUGGGCACGGGGCUGUUCACCAUGCUGCUGCCCGUGGCCGCCAUCUUCGGCGACUGGCCGGCGGUGGCGGUGACGCGCGCCGCGUCGGGUCUGUGUCAGGGCUUUGUGUUUCCGGCGUGCUACGUUCUGCUCGGGAAGUGGGCGCCGCCUUUGGAGCGGGGCAGAUUCACCGCCUUCGUCAUCGGAGCCCAGCUGCUGGGGCCGGUGGUGAUGCUGCCGGUGACGGGGGUCUUGUCCUCGUCGGCGGGCGGCUGGCCCAGCGUGUUCUACGCGUCCGGGGCGCUGGGGCUGCUCGUCGGCGUGCUCGUGUUCAUCUUCGUGGCUGACUCGCCCGCCGAGCACAAGCACAUCUCCGAGGUGGAGCGCGACUACAUCCAGCGGUCCAUCGGCGGCAGCAUGCGCAACCAGCUCAAGAGGACCCGCACGCCCUGGCUGUCCAUCAUCACGUGCGUGCCGCUCUGGGCCACCAUGAUCUCGCACGCCGGCCAGUCCUGGGGCUUCCUGACCUUCAUCACGGAGGUGCCCACCUACAUGAGCUCCGUGCUCAAGUUCGACAUAAAGAAGAACGGCUUGCUGUCGGCGCUGCCCUACCUCACCACGUGGUUCGCCAGCUUCGCCUUCUCGUGGCUGUCGGACUUCAUCACGGAGAGGAAGAUGCUGACCCUGACUGCGUCGCGCAAAAUCUUCAACACCAUCGGCAUGUGGGGCCCGGGGCUGACGAUGCUGGGCGUGGGCUACAUCAGCGACUCGCCGCCGCUGGCCGUGACGCUGCUCACGGUGGCGCUGGGGCUCAAGGCGGGCUGCUACGUCGGCUUCCAAGUCAACUACGUCGACCUGGCGCCGCAGUUCUCCGGGACGUCCUUCAGCCUCGGCAACUUCCUCGCCAACUCGUGCUCCACCCUGGCGCCGAUCGCCGUCGGGCUCAUCGUCACGGACCAGACGUCCAUCGAGCAGUGGAGGUACGUGUUCUUCGUGACCUGCGCCAUGUUCUUCCUGGGCAACCUCGUCUUCAUCUGCUUCGGGUCCGCCGAAGUGCAGCCCUGGAACGGGUCCAGGAAGGCCUCCAUGUACCUGAGCAAAGACUCCAUCGCCUCGCAAGACUUGGAGCGGUUGCGGGCGGCGGCGGCGACGUGAGCACGCGACGACUGCUCUGCGUGCAACUCGACGUCGACUCGACCAGCUCCUUUCCUCCGUGAGGAACAACAGUGGUGCGACGGGUGCGUGAAGGCUCCGUCUGGUUCUGGGCAGCGGGAACGACAGUGGUUCCCUCGGAACUGGCGCGGAGGAGACUUCCCUGUUCCUGCCGCCCUCCGCGGCGCGUGCACGCCGCACAGCCGCGGACUGGAGGUGCCACAGUCACUGUGGCAAUUUUAAACGCCUCAGGGUCGUCCGAACGCUAGAUCAAUUAGAUGAAUGGGCGGAGGAGUGAUGUAUUUUAAUAUGAUUUUUGUAUGACAUGAAUUGGUGGUGCUACAUGUUUUACAUUGUGUUUUAGAUUGUGUUGUUAUAUAAUGUUUUGAUGUUGUAUUCCAAGCUCAAAGUAAGUUAUUGUAAAUAAUUUUACGUCUAUGAACAAAAUUAGUUAGUGUUUAGUUUGCUUACUCUUAGCAGCCGAUGGCUGAGAAGGUCGUUGUUGUUUUAUGU